UUAUUCACUCAGGUCCUUCACAACCUUAACACGGAAACUCGCGAACGAAGUAGUAAUUCUAAUUCGGGACCCCAACUGAGGCUGCAGUUUAGCAUAGAAAUAGAAUGAGCGGAGGAAGAAGAUGAUGAUGACAAGACCUCCAAAGCUGCCAUCUACCAACAAUAGAAGCAGUUGGAGGCCAACUCUUCUUCAUCUGCUCUUUGCAGCUGCCAUUUUCUCCAUCAUCGUUUUCACCAUUCAGUCCUCCCUCUUCACUGGUAACGGCGACGUUAAUGUCAUCAACCGAGAGGAAAUCCGGAUCUUAUCUGAUUUUCAGUCCAGCCUUCAGCAAUGCGUGGCAAAUAGAGGGCUUGGGCUUACAGCUCAUAUUAUUGAUCAUUGUAAUAUAAUUCUCAAAUUCCCUCAAGGAACAAACAGCACUUGGUACAAUGAGCAAUUCAAGAUUUUUGAACCCCUCGAGUACAAAUAUGAUGUUUGUGAGGCUAUUCUGUUGUGGGAACAGUAUCGUAACAUGACCACUGUGUUGACAAGAGAAUAUCUGGAUGCUAGGCCUGAUGGAUGGUUAGACUAUGCAGCAAAAAGGAUAGCACAAUUAGGCGCUGACAAAUGCUACAGCCGGACUCUUUGUGAGGAGCAUCUUAAUAUAAUUUUACCUGCACAGCCACCCUUUCACCCCAGACAGUUUCGAACAUGUGCUGUUGUUGGGAAUUCAGGUGACCUCUUGAAGACAGAGUUUGGACCAGAAAUUGACAGUCACGAUGCAGUUAUAAGAGACAACGAGGCUCCUGUUAAUGAGAAAUAUGCCAAGUAUGUUGGUCUGAAGCGGGAUUUUCGCUUGGUUGUGAGAGGUGCUGCUCGUAACAUGAUUACAAUUCUUAAUGGGUCAGAUGAUGAGGUGCUUAUAAUUAAAAGUCUUACACACAGAGACUUUAAUACAAUGAUAAAGCGCAUACCAAAUCCAGUUUACCUCUUCCAAGGUAUUGUCUUGCGCAGAGGUGCUAAAGGAACUGGAAUGAAAUCAAUAGAACUAGCGCUUUCCAUGUGUGACAUUGUUGACAUAUAUGGUUUCACAGUUGAUCCUGGUUAUACGGAGUGGACUCGGUACUUUUCUACACCAAGGAAAGGGCACAACCCACUUCAAGGGAGGGCAUACUACCAACUGUUGGAAUGUCUUGGUGUUAUUCGGAUCCAUUCUCCGAUGAGAGCACAAAGGAAGCAAGACUGGUCAGAUGUUCCUAGUCGAGAAAUGAUAAACAGGGCUCAGAAAGCUGCUUUGCAAUUGAAAAGAAGUGCAGUUGAUCAAGUGGGAGGAUUGGGUCAGUUUGUGAACUGUAAGGUGUGGGGCAAUGCAGGCCAAUAUGGGAGCGGGCCGAUAUCUGGAUCUCCAGAUAUGACAGAUGUGAGGAAGAAUUCGAAAUACAGUAAAUGGGAAGUUGUGCCUUUCAAGAACCUGAGGGAAGAGACGAGGCAACACUUUAUUCAGAUGGAAGGUGUCUCUAUGUACAAAAUGGAUGGCAAUAAGUUGGACGAUCUAGUUUGUGUAAAACAUCCCCUGAAAUCUGAGGCUGAGUCGUAAGAAUAUGAUACUUUGCAAUGCUAGUAAUUACAGAAACUGCCAAGUUGUUUUUGUGUGCUAAAUUGGGAACCAAACGGGAAUGCCAAUUGUCGAAUUUGGAGAAGUCAUUUGGAAGCUAGAUCAACAGAUACUUUGCAGUUGUUUCAAGUGUACAAGAAGUACAGCUACUCUAAGCACAGUUUUUGUAGAAUCAUUGCAUUUGCUAUAGAUUUUUAGUGUACCAAUAACCAAUUUGAUGUCAUAGUUUAUGUGCUAGUCUGCUACUACUUUUUGACGGGCAUCGGCUAAGGCAUCGCUGAUAAUAAACUGUCAAUAUAGCACACAUGUCAAAGAGCUUCAGUUGAAACAUCUAAAAUAAUCCUCUUC